UUCAUUUCUCUUUUUAUCUCAUCUCAUUUGGUUUCCUAUUCUCCAUUUUCCAGUAACCUUUGGUUUAUCCUGCUAUUAUACUUAUAUCACCGACCAGGCUUGGGAUGUACUGGUUGCAGAUAUGCCCUACCCUAGCAAUUCUCAAACAUUACUUUCUCUGCUCCAUGUGCAUUGUGCUGUGCAGUGUGCACUCCGCUACCCCUGCUUGCUGCUGCUGGCUCGGCCAUUGUUGCACGCCGUCGCCAUUUCGAAUCGUACCCUGAUUCUCCAAACGGCUGCAUAUUUUUUAGCUCAUGCCUAUUUUGCCCUGCUAUCGGAUGCCCGUGACCGCGUUCAGAGAACCAGCUUCCUUUAUUUCCGUGGGAAGUUACUGCGGUUCCAACAUCCGGUGGAGUGAUCGGUUUCAAUAACGUAUAGAUUCGAUCGGUCAGCUGCUGGCAGCCGGGUUACCGUAACACUUGUUGACACGCCAGCCGACUCUCCAAUGGCUUCGUCCGCUCUCAGUCCACGUUCGUUACGCAAUGGAUUAUAGUGGCUUGUCUAGAAAGCCCUGACGGUUGAUUGCAGCAGAUCACAGCCGUUAAAAUUCACACCGUAGUAGUAGCCUCGAAGGUAUCGGCCGUUGAUUGAAACCGCUCAUUGUCGUUAGAUUCGCACAGUCCGUCUGACUAUACUUCCGCUCCUCUCAUAUAGUCACACGUGCGGUUUCGGCAUUUCGCAGCCAUGGGUGUGCAGGACCGGACGAAGAGGGAUGACCACACUAAAGGCGGUGCCACGGUGGAGAUGAGCGACAGCAGCAGGUGGCAGGAGGGCGGAUUCAGCAUCGACGCUGACGAGCUCUCGCGAAUGUCGCACCCGGGCGAUCAUGCGAAGCUGCAGUCGCUGGGAGGACUAGCGGGCGUGGCGGAGCGGCUGCAGGUGGACCCGAAGAGGGGCAUCGACGACACGGAGGAGGAGACCGCCCGCCGCCGCCUGCACUUCGGCUCCAACACCUACCCCGAGAAGCCCGGCAAGACCUUCUGGUAUUUCGUGUGGGAGGCCAUGCAGGACACGUUGGUGCAGAUUCUCUUUGUGUGCGCCAUCGCGUCUAUCGCUGUGAGCAUCCCCGCCGAGGGCUCCCUGGAGGGCCUCUACGACGGGCUCGGCAUCUUCAUCGCACUCUUCCUCAUCAUCACCGUCGCCGCCAUCAGCAACUACCGGCAGGCAGUGCAGUUUCAGAAGCUCAACCGCGAGAAGAAGAAGAUCCAAAUCGAGGUGACGCGCUCGGCGCGGCGGUGCAAGGUACUGAUCGACGAUCUGGUGGUGGGGGACAUCAUCCACCUCUCCACGGGCGACCAUGUGCCGACCGACGGGGUGGUCAUGGAGGGGCACUCGCUCGCAGUCAACGAGUCCAGCAUCACAGGGGAGUCCGAAAAUGUGCACAAGGACGAGGGCAACCCCUUCAUCCUCGCUGGCUGCACCAUCAUGGACGGCUUUGGAGAGAUGAUGGUGACGGCGGUGGGCAUGAGGACGGAGUGGGGCAAGGUGCUGGCCACCAUCACAGAAGACAGCGACGAGCCCACGCCGCUGCAGGUGCGCCUGACCAAGGUGGCGGAGCUGCUGGGCAUCAUGGGUAUCAUUGUGGGCGUGCUCAUCUUCCUCAUCCUCAGUAUAAGGUACCUGGUGGAGAACGCCGACUUCAGCAACUUCAACGGCAACGAUGUGAACGUGCUGCUCAGCUACUUCACCAUCUCGAUCACGGUGCUCGUGAUUGCAGUGCCUGAAGGCCUUCCCCUCGCUGUCACGCUCACUCUGGCGUUCUCUGUGACCAAGAUGAUGCAGGACAAGUCACUGGUGCGGCACCUGCAGUCGUGUGAGACUAUGGGGUGUGCCACCACCAUCUGCAGCGACAAGACCGGCACCCUCACUCUCAACGAGAUGACAGUGGUGCAGGCAUGGGUGGCGGGUGACUUCCACAAGCCCCACACCAUACGCACUGGCGUCUCCACACCCGUGGCUGAGCUGCUAUACCAGGCCAUUGCUGUCAACACCAGUGGAUCCGUCGACGAGCCUCCGGAGCAGGGCAUGCCACCUGUCGUCAGCGGCAGCCCCACAGAGAAAGCGAUCCUCACAUGGGGCGUCUCGUUCGGCAUGCGUUUCCACGAGACCAAGGACCAGUGUGAGAUCCUUGCAGUGCAGCCCUUCAGCUCCACGCGCAAGCGCAUGGGCGUGCUCAUCCGCACCCCCUCCUCCCCCUCCUCCUCUGACGCCUCCUCUGCCCUUCCUACUGAAGCCGCUACUGGUGCCGGCAGCAGCAGCAGCGGGGGCAAUCUGCGGGUGCACUGGAAGGGCGCAGCAGAGGUGGUGCUGCAGCAGUGUGGGCACUAUGUCAACUCCCUCGGCAGCAUCGUGCCGCUGACGGAGCCCAAGCGCAUGGAGCUCGAGCGCACGCUGCGCGGCAUGGGCAAAGAGGCGCUGCGCACGCUGGCAUUCGCGUUCCGCGACUUUGACAAGCGCACGGGCGUGGGGGACAUGCCCAAGAGGGACGAUGGGAGUGUGGGGGUGCCGGAGGACGAUCUGGUGUGCGUGGGGUUCGUGGGGAUCAAGGACCCGUGCCGGGUUGAAGUACCGGACUCGGUGCAGCAGUGCCAGAAGGCAGGGAUCGUGGUGCGCAUGGUGACGGGCGACAGCGUGGAGACGGCCACAGCCAUCGCCACCGAGUGCGGCAUCCUCACGGCGGGCGGCAUGGUGAUGGACGGCGCGCAGUUCCGAGCCAUCCACCCCAACGACCUCCCGGCCACCGUCGACCGCCUGGAGGUGCUGGCCCGCGCAUCCCCCACGGACAAGCUGCAGCUGGUUCGAGCACUCAAGGAGAUGGGGCACGUGGUGGCCGUCACUGGGGACGGCACCAACGACGCCCCUGCUCUGCAUGAGGCGGACAUCGGCCUGGCGAUGGGGCAGUGCGGCACGGAGGUGGCGAAGGAGAGCGCGGACAUCAUCAUUCUGGACGACAACUUUGCCUCCAUCGUGCGCACCGUGGUGUGGGGGCGCUCCGUCUUCGCCAACAUCCAGCGCUUCCUCCAGUUCCAGAUCACCGUCAACUGCGUCGCGCUCACACUCAACUUCAUUUCUGCUGUCGUCACUGGGGACGCGCCCCUCACCGCCGUCCAGAUGCUGUGGGUAGACUUGAUUCAAGACACCCUAGGCGCCCUGGCCCUGGCAACCGAGCCGCCCUCCGACAAGCUGCUGCAGCAGCCGCCCGUGGGGCGCAGCCAGGAUCUGGUGUCGGCCGCCAUGUGGCGCAACAUCAUUGGGCAGUCGGUGUACCAGCUGUCGCUGCUGUGCGCACUAUGGUUCAAAGGCAUGGAGGUGUUGCAGUUGCCCGGACCCCCGGGCGUGCCCCGAGUGAUCGCCAAGGGUGGGGAGGAGAUCUCAGUGGGGGAGAUGCAGCUCGUCACCAUCAUCUUCUCGUCGUUCGUCUUCAUGCAGAUCUUCAACCAGCUGAACUCGCGCAAGUUGGAGGAGUGGAACGUGUUUGAGGGGCUGCUCGUCAACCGCCUCUUCGUCCUCAUCGUCUCCAUCGAGCUCUCCGUGCAGGUGCUGCUGGUGGAGCUGCUGGGGCAGUUCGCUGGCUGUGUGCGACUGACCAUCACGCAGUGGGCGCUGUGCUUCGCUCUGGGGGCUGGCUGCGUGCCCUUCGGCAUGAUCACCAAGCUCUUCCCCUUGCCAGGUGGGCACCAUCCUCGAAGGAAGGUUCUAUUUGGGCGCAAUGCCAACCAGGGAUUUGAGCGCUUGGAAUCCAGCUAAGGGCAACUUGCAACUUGCAAGGGCAAUUUUCUUGCAAAUGGGGCUUGAUUGAAUCAGACCUUUAUGCACAUUUUUAUCCAUGGGGCCAUGUGCUGCCCAUGAAAGGACGCCAUGGGAAAUAAAGAAGGAACGGUUUUGCUGUAUUUGGAACUUAGGGAAGAUCAGGGUGUAAUUUGUUGUAAAAUAUUUAUCUUUAGCGGGCUGAGAUCGUUCAAUGU